AUGGAAAAGACAAAGGCUUCUUAUUACAGAAGGAAUAGAUACAAGCUCCGAUCGCCGGAGGAGUCUGACACGGAUUUAAGAUGCAAUACCAGCCAGAUAUCCUCCAAAUCGCGGAUUCCCGUUAAUCGCUCCCAUUCUAUUCCAAGACAUUACAUAUCCAGAAAUCAGCUGGACCGUCACAUCCGUGCCGCCGUCGUUGAUGCUUUUCAAGAGUGCGUUAAUUCUGAAAAAUCGAAUAAAAAAUCUAAAGCCAACAAGGACGCAGAAAAUGGAGAAGUUAGACAUCACUUGAAGACUAUGAAAGAGGAGGAUAAGAAAACCAUUCGUAGGAAAAGGGAACGCUCUCGGUCCCCGGAGAGCCAAUAUUAUUCGGACUCUGAUACGAACACGGUAAAGAUUCUAUACCGUAGAAAUAAUAAGAAAUAUAAAACUGCAACAACUUUGUACGCCAAUCAAGAAGAACUUACAGAUGAAUCGCUGGAUAUACUAAAAACUCCCAGGGUUGUGAAACUGGAAAGAACUAUUAGCAAAGCGAGCUGUACUUUUAUAAGCGCUUUCAUACGCCGUUGUUUUGCCAUCGCUAAAAUGAUUAUCAAUUUGGGAGUGCUACCGGAAAUAAUGCAAUUUAUUAACCGUAUGUCCAAGUCCAGCUUGGUGAGUUUGGUUAUAAUAUUUACCUUUACCCUCAUUUGGGCCUAUGAGUUCGGCGAACCUGUAGAUCGCAUUCGAACGGCACUGGACGACCUCUUCAAAGAUCGUUCUCGUUCUUGGUGGCAGUUUUUGUAA